AUGUUCGGCGUGGCGCCGGCCAUCUCUCUGUUCGGCGUCCUGGGCAACAUUUUCAGCAUCGUCGUCCUGGCGAGGCAAGGGCUGAGAAGGUGCUCCAACAUUCUGCUGGUCUCCCUUGCAUUUUGCGACAUCACGUUUCUCGUCUCGUUCAACGGCGUCCCGAAGAUCAUCUACGAGGCCGUCUGGAACCACGAGUACGUGGGUUACUCUCUACUCGAGACCGAUAUCUUAUUCGUCGCGUUUAGCGCGUUCAUGUUCUUGGACUAUUCGUUCGGCCUGAUGGGCCUAACCCUUCCAAUGCUGAUAACCGUAGAGCGUCUCGUGGUCAUCUUCUUCCCCUUAAAUUUCCGCCGUAUUAUCACCCCGGCCAGGACGUGGGCGGCUGUGGCAGGCUUGGCCUUGUACUGGAUCUCCAUCUUUUUAUAUUCCAGCUUCUGGCAAGAAAUAAGAUACGAAUUUGACACAACGAAGAACGUCUCUAUAGGGAUUAUUAGAAAGUCAGCGUUCUUCGAACAACAUCUUGACGUCGUAGCCGCCUUUGAGGAUCUCCUCAUCUACACAAGCAUGAUCAUCCCCCCUGUCUUCACCGUCGUUGGCUGCGUCGUCAUCUCCGUCAAGAUAAAAAUGACGUCGCUCAAGCGUCAGAAAAUGACGACGAAACUCAAAACCGGAAGCCGUACGACGAGGACGCUGCUGGCCGUCUGCGCGGUCUACUGCGUCACCGCUGCCGUGGUGUCACUUCCGUUGUACAUACCCCAGUACGCAUCGUACUCUCUAACGGACGAGAGUCCGUCCAACAUCGGGAAGAUAUUCUAUCAGCUCGUGAACACUGUUGGAUGCAUCAACAGCUCCAGCAACUUUGUGGUGUACGUCGCGUUAAACAAAAAUUUCAGGGCCACGUACGUUGAGAUCUUCAGGUGCCGGAAAAAACAAAAAAAGUAA